CAGUCGACAAGCGAAGGGCCGUCAGGUGCAAAUUUAUCACAAGCGAAUAGGCCCCGAAUCAAAUUUAAGAUGUCAAAUAAAUAAUCGUCACCCUAUUUUCGUAAUUAUAAUGCGUGUUUAUAGAAUAUUUGAAUUGCCACAGCUGAAUGCUCCUGGAGAACUUUUCGUGGCUGAAAAUGACAGCGAAAAUUGUGGAUGAAGUCGCUGAGUCGCUGACUGAAUUUUUACGCUCCGUUCCGACGCAUGCUUACCCCAUGGAUGAAAUACACACCCUGCCGCUGACCGGUUUUCCUAACGAUGACGCGGGACACGGCUCCGAGCAGCUGAGUGAGGCGCCAGGAGGUGGCUUGAACGCGGACAGUUUCGGCGUGGAAAAUCGUCCCGACUUUACAGAUCCACGCGGCACGCAGAAUUCGCCUCUCGCCUACACCGGGAAGAUCUCCAUUGACGCCCAGUACGCCCACGGGAGCUGGAACCAGGAGGGCCUCAUAAACUUAGUCUGCGCAAAGCUCCAAGGCAAAACGCCUGACCUGGGACCGUUCUCAACUGCAGACCUCUCUGGGACACCAGGUUGUUCCAAAGGGCACGGAAAGUACAACAGCAUGGAGCACAUGUACACAGCGCCCCCCACUUACACCUGUAGCGCGGAUGCCUACCACGACCCGGCGAGCUAUCUGUCAGCGUCUUCAUGCCAGAUGACAUAUCCGCCACCCGCUUGCUCGGGUUCCAAGUCCACUCUCGACGGAGCGCUUUUCUCCAUCAUCCCAGACUACGGGGGUGUUUAUCAAAGCAAUACCCAAAGGGACAUGCCGGUUUUUCAGGAGAGAAAACCCUUUUCAUGCUCUCUGGAAUCUAUUCGGGUACCCCCGCCCCUCACUCCUCUCAACACCAUAAGAAAUUUUACGCUCGCGUGUCCGGAAGGACCGAGGCCACCCGCAGAUGUGAGUCCACAGAAUGUCCCGUUACGCCCAAUAUUGCGGCCGAGGAAAUACCCAAACCGACCCUGCAAGACGCCGGUCCACGAACGGCCCUACCCAUGUCCCGCUGAAGGAUGUGACCGUAGAUUCUCCCGGUCGGACGAGCUCACGCGCCACGUUCGCAUCCACACCGGGCACAAACCGUUCCAGUGUCGCAUUUGCAUGCGCAACUUCAGCCGAAGCGACCAUCUCACCACUCACAUACGGACGCACACCGGAGAGAAGCCGUUUUCCUGCGACGUGUGUGGCAGAAAGUUCGCGAGGAGCGACGAGCGCAGGAGACACACGAAAAUCCAUCAGAGACAAAAGGAGAAAAAGUCAUCUGCCCCUCCACAGUCGUCGCGCGCAGAGGGUACGACAUGAUCAAGUGUUCAUUCUGAGGAAGGAAGGACGCACACCUCCUGACCCUGAAGACGCGAGCUUGUUUCACAUUUCAGAGACAUGACGCUGUAUCUGAGUGUACAAACUAUGAUGGCAGCUAUGACCUUUAUGUAUGAGUGUUUUCCACAGUAGUCUGGGCAAUGUAGAUGUAUGUAAAAGUUUUGGGUUUUUUUUUCUGAUUUGAUCAUCAUAAACUAUCCGUCUACUGGUCUAUUUGUAGAUAAACGUCUAAUCUAUAAGGAAGAACAUUUUUAGAUAUGUUGACGGAUCUUUAUAUUUAUGACGAUAUUCAGCCUUUCUGAACUCAUUUUUUAAAAAAUGAUUAUAAUGUCGCAAUCAUCUUAGCUGUCAGAGUGAUGCUUAAUCAUAGUUGUGGAGCUGGGUCCUCGCCACAAGUUCUGUUUUACUUCUACUGGUGUCGCCUAACACCUUCCGUAAAGAAAAUACGUGUCAAAAGUCGUGCUAUUAGCUACGCGUGUGCAAAUAAUUAUUACUGUGUACAUGUGUUGUAAAAUGGCAAAUAAACCCAGACUGCAUUCUUCAUAAGGUCAAUGACUGGGGCAAAAAAAACCCAAACAUAAACAUGUAUGAAUGACAUA